AGUGAUAUUGAUAACCUUCGGAUUUUGGACUACUUGAACGAGUUUUUCGCAUUUAUUUUUGAUAAAAUGUCUGAACAACAAUCAUCACAAGGAGGGAUUCCUGGAAAUGCCACUGAAUUGCCUCAGUCUACAGAAUUUUUAGUUGGAAAAUUGCUGAGUCAACGAAAGUUUUUCACGAACAAAACUUCUGUAGUUGAACGUUUAGAUUCAUCUUCGAUUUCGUCUAGUUCGACAGUUUUUUUGAGUCAUUGCGAGGAUAUUGCGUAUAUUGUGGACUCUGCUUGUACAAAGAUUAUGAUCGAGGAAUGCAAGAAUCUUUCCUUGACAGCUAAUGACAAAAUUAUUACUUCAACUAUUGAAAUAUGGAAAUCACAAAAUGUUACACUUAAGCAUAAAUUAAAAAAAAAGCUUAAUACGCAAGUUCAAACAGUUCAAGUGGAUCAAUGUCAGAAUGUUAAUCUUCAGUAUGAAGAUCCGCGCAACUUUCAUUCUGUUGUUUGGACUAAUAGUGAUCAAGUUUGUUUGAAAGUAUUGGAAAAUGGUGAAGAAAAGCAUGUAUUAUCUACCGGUGAUUCUUUCGAACAGCCUACUACUACAGAAGAAUCUGUUGUACAAGAUACUCCAAGUGAUAAAGAUCCAACAAAACUUAAUCCAUAUCAAUAUAUUGUUAGGUUAAUCGACGAUAAAUUGGUUACCGAAAUGCUUAUUCGUGCUGAAAAAGGAUUUCCAACUACUCAAAGAGAAUGGGAUGAAUGGAAAGUUAAAAAUAAUAUUACUUCAUAA